CGCGCUCAGUCCUCCCUGAGCCAGGGGGGCACGGCGUCGGCGGAGGAGAGACGCGGCGCCUCGUCGGGACGGCAGGGGACUGGCUCGCUUCAAGGGGGCAGCUGCAGCCACAGGAAGCAGCCCUGAGUCACCCAAGGCAACAGGCGCACAGGGAUCCGGCUGGCACUCCCUGUGCAUGUACCCCGUGCGUUUGCCUCCCUGCAGGAGGAGGUGGUGGGUUUCCCCCUGCUUGGCAGCCACAGCCCUCACUUCCCCACCCCAGUCAUGGUGGGUCACCUGCAGUUGCAAGGAAUGGAAGACAGCUUGAAAGAGAAGAACCGAGAAGGGUUGCUGGAUAGCCCGGAUUCGGGGCUGCCCCCCAGCCCUAGUCCACCUUUCUACUCCCUGUCUCCAGGCAUCGUUGAAAACAGACCUGGAGGCAGCAGCUCUUCCACAGAUACCCAGGGACAUGGGCACAGGAAAGAUGGCAAGGAGGGGAACGUGAUCCCUUAUCUUCUUCUGAAUGCCUCCACAUCAGAAAUAAGGCCUCGGAUGCACCCUGUGUUUUUUGGUGAAAGCAUAGAGGUCAACCCCGAACCGGCACAGGAAAUUAGGUGCAACUCUGAGGUAAAAUAUGGCUCUGAGAGGCAUUACAGGGAUGAUGUUUUCUACUGCCCAAUGCCCACUGUCACCACUUACAGCGAGACCGUCAUUGCUGCCCCCAACUGCACAUGGCGAAACUACAAGUCCCAACUCAUCUUUGAGCCGCGCCAGAAACCCCUGAGGUUCCAGAGUACAACAAUCAUCUUCCCCAAACAUGCCAAGAACAUAUACCGGACCACACUCAACUAUAGCCUUGGUUCUGCCAAAAGAUGGUUUGCCUCAAGUGUGCAGCUAGAGCUUUGUGAGGAGAACAGCCCCUGCAUUGUCUACACAGAAAAUGUUUAAUGCAGUGUUUUGUUUACUGAAGAACUCUUGACUACAACAUCAACGUAAGGCUUAGGCCUACGCUGGAGGAGAAGCCUUUUAAGACUUAAUGGCCUUUGGCUGAAGGCAUCCAUUAAAUGGCUCCAGGAUCAUUCAUUUUUCACACCCAGGCUUGGAUAUGCCAAGUAGCUUCCCUGCUCCUAGAAGCAGCUGAGGGAGAUAUUCUCAUGGGCUGAAGCAGCUAGAAGCUGGUUUUGGUUCCCCUCAGCCUCGGAUCGAACCUCUUUAAUUAGCACUUGAAUUCAUUUUCAGUAGUGAGGGCCUUCCGUUACUUGGUCGCCAUUUAGAAAGCUUACUAUAGGGUAGUGUGUGGGCCCUCUGUAGCAUGUAGGAUGUGGCCAAAUAUAUCCUUAGAGAAAGUGAUUGUGUCACAGAAGAUCAUCUCCAGUUUGGCAAAGACUUGGCUUUGCAAAGACAGCAGGUAGAUCAUGGCAGGCAGUUCUUAGUCAUAUCAAACAUUAAUUUUGUCCUGGGAUCUUAAGUAGAAGCCCCAGCACAAUAGAUAGGGGUGGAAAGGCAAAGGGCAUCAUUUUUGCCAAUGAGCAGGAGUUACCAAAUCCCUGCUGCACAGGGGCCAUUCGUGGAAACCAGGCAUUUACAGUUCCUUGGCAACCAGCUGCCUUUAUAAAGGAAGCCAACGAGAAGAUUCCUUGGGCACCUGCCUCCUUGUGUGGAUAUAACAGAUGGAAAAUAGCUGGAUGUAUAGUUGAAUGUGUGGGGAAAGAGUUAACAUGUGGACUCAUUCCUUCAAAAGGCUGCAUUUUUUUACUUUUUGCUAAAGAUCUGGAAGAUAAUAGCUUUUUAAAAGACGGUGUUUGAGACCAAAGGCCUUUUUUUACUUUCUGGAAUAAAGGACUGUAAAACUCAGGCCAAGAUUUCCCAGAAGGGAAGCUUAGCUCUUUAGGGGUAUGAGGAGGGGAAAUGACAUUUGUUCGGAUUUGCAGAUUCACAAACCUAGUAAACCUGAAGUAAAUGGAUGAAACAGGAAGUGACUGUAUGGACAACAGAAUGAAGGGAAGGGACUUGAAAGCAUUGGCUUAGUUGUGGAAGCAGUUGUUAAGUUAAUGACAGUUGUGCAUACAAUGCACAAUUGUCUUGAUGGUCAUUAUACAUACUGCUUUUAAGAGCUGUCCUUUCGAAUGGGGAAAGAUGCAUGGUUACACAAAUUGUGCAUCUUAAUGUGCAACAAUUAUUACAUGUCCAUUAUGCUGCUUAGACAUAUUUGUUCUUUUGAAUGGAGGAAAGAGUUCAUUUAAGUCAACUGCACAUGUACCUUGCAACUAUUAUGCAGAUUUUUUAAAAAGUGUUCAGAAUAAAUGAUGCCGGUCUUAUUGAAGGCAGAAAAGUUCAUGAAAAUAAAUUGUGGGUGGGUGGGUAUCAUAUAGCUCCUAUACAUGAAUGGAUUCUUACUGGCUCAUCACAAACAUCUUACUGUUCUUUCUGCAAUGCUGGCUUGUUUUUCCUGACUUCAAGACUAAAAUGCAAGUGAGACCCAG